AUGGCCCGUGAUAAUAAGCUCGCUGCCCCUGGUGUCCCCGUCAUCCCUAAGUCCGCUAAAUCUUCCAAGGUUGCCAAAAACACUAAGCAUUCCAAGGUUGUCAAAAACACUAAGGGCUCCAAGAGCGCCAAGGGUACCGCCGGCAUUGUCAAGAAGAUGUCUCCCUACAACAAGUUCAUGAAGGUCCAUCUGCCCCUGUUCAAGGCAAAGAACCCGGGUCUCUCCCACAAGGAGGCAUUUGUUGGCGUUGCUAAGGAGUGGGCCAAAGCUCCCGAGAACCCCAAGAGCGUCACUGCCAACUAA